AUGUCUUUGUCACCCCGGCUCCUCUGCUCACCCGCUACCGCCACCCACCGCCGCAAUACCCUUUCCACCCUCCGAGCUCUCUCCACGACUUCAACCACGAAUCAACAACCCAGCCACCACAACCACCACCAAAGCAACCACCAAUUCCUCCCGCCGGAAAACUACCUCAACACCUGGAAACCUCCAAAAGACCCCAAAGAAGCCCAAUCGAGACUCGACCAAUUGCGUCGCGAGUAUGCCAAGAAAGUGAAAGAAGUCCGCAAGGAAUACAUUGAAGAAAUGGAGUUGAUGAGGUUGGAAAAGCAGAGGAAAGAUGAGGCCAAGAGGGAGGCUUUGAGGGUUGCGAACGAGGAGAGGAAGAGAGCCAAGGCGGAGGAGAAGGCGGUUAAGGCCAAGGAGAGACAGGUGGCCGAAGAAGAGUUUCGACUAAUGUUGAAUUAG